GACGCUGACCAGAGGCAAGCUGCCAUCAACCACGGCACUCUGCGCGGGCGCCUGCGCCCCGCGCAGGCCCGUGCGCAAUCGCACGCUCUGCAGAGGAAAAUCAAACUCUGGAACCCGAUCAGCAAGAGGCUCGUCCUGACGGGCGUCAAGACCAGCGUCGGCACCGUGAUGGGGCCGAAAGACAGAUUGCAGAAGCUGGUGGAACACUGGCAACCAGUCUUCGAGGGCAAGCAGAUCGACCUGGACAAAGCUGCCGACUACCUCUCCCAAUUCUCGCCCAAGUUCAACUUCAACAUUUUCAACCCGCCCGACUACGAGACCCUCAAAAAGUUCGCCUUCCGUUCUUCCUCUACCUCACCUGGGAUGGAUGGGCUUCCGUACACCGCCUGGGCCGCCCACGAAAAGUGCACCGAGACCUUCUGGGAUGUCAUGUGCUACAUGCUCAACGGAGGCAUCCUCCCCGACGAAUGCAAUGCCACGGUCCAG